UUCAUGACAUUGACAACCAUCCCAUGAUUUGUUUCGAUACCAAAACAAUAGUUUAGUUUUAAAACUGUUAUUUUCAAUUCUAAUAUUUCACAGAUGAAAUAAAAAUUUAAAACAAAUGAAAUAUAAUUCUAAUUUACUAUGUCUACACGAGAGAUACUCACACUGCAAUUUGGUCAGUACUCAAAUUAUGUCGGUGCACAUUUUUGGAAUAUACAAGAAUUGAGUUUCGACUACACUGGUACUGUAAAGACUGAAUGUAAUCAUGAUAUUUUAUACCGAGAGGGUCGAACUGCGACGGGCGAUAUUACUUAUACCCCACGUCUGCUCUUGGUAGAUUUAAAGGGUUCUCUCAAGACCCUUCCUGUAAGUGGUGGAUUAGAAGAGCAAAAUGUAGAAGAGAAUCUUCCGUGGAAUGCUGUUGAAAAAAUUAAACAGCCAGAACCCAAAAAAAAUGAGUAUCUAAAGAAUAUUGAUUCAAAAAAUCCAUCUAAUGUUGAAAGUAAACAAUAUAAUUUAGACCAGGAAGUAGACACAUGGACUGAUUAUUUGUAUCCUAGGUUUCAUCCUCGCACUGUAAAUAUCGUCAAAGAAUAUCAAUCUGGAAAUGAAAAUGAAAGUUUUGACAUAAAUGUUUCUGGCAAGCAAAUUUGGAAAUCAGAUUUUGGUGAAUCAUUCACUGAUAAUAUUAGAAAAUAUGUCGAAGAAUGUGACAAUAUGCAAGGUUUUCAAAUAAACUUUGAUUGCACAGAUGGGUUUGCAGGACUAGCUUUGGGUUGCAUUGAACAUAUUUCUGACGAGUAUACAAAGAGUAUAUUAGUACAUCCAAUUAUAGCUUCUCAUUUUGCUGAUAACAGUCCCUCAACAGAUGAAGAAAGAGAAAAAUCUACUUUAAAAGAUUCAAUGAGAUUAGUAAACAUUGCUCUAUCAAUUGAGGAAUUGUCACAACAUGCUACUUUAUUUGUGCCUUUAUGUAUGGGGGAAAGAGGAUGGAGAAAACCUGGUAAUCCCAGAUUAUUUGACUAUGUUAAUUAUAAACCCGAACUGUACUAUCAUUCUUCUGCUUUAAUGGCGUCAGCUUUAGAUACUUUAAGUCAAAAGUACAGACACAAAAGUAAUUUUUAUACUAUGUCUGACAUAUGCACUGACAUGACUGGGUAUGGAAGGAAGAUGGCUUGUGCGUCUCUUGGAAUCCCCUUAGCUUUAAAUGAAUCAGAAUACCUCAUUGAUUAUUUAAAUAAAACAACUAAACCCCUUUAUAAAUCAAUAACACCUAGUUGUAAAAUCGCUACAGACAAGCUUUUCCAGCUUAUAACUGUCAGAGGAAUACCUGAGACAUAUCUCAAAGCCCCUUUGAAAGAAGCUAAGGAGCAGAUGAAUCUCCCUGCUUAUAGAUGCAACAACAUUCAAGAAAUGUUUGAACUGUUCUUUCAAGCUAACAAUUUCCUGUCAGCAACCAAUGUAACUGUUUGUGAGAAAGCACAAGAGUUGAGAACUCCAUAUCCAUCCAUUUUUUCAAAUAACUUGAAUAAGUAUGGAUUUAUUAGAAAUGACAGUCAAGCAGAAAAAGUGGAAAGUUGUCCAGUUUUAGCUGGAUACCAUAAUGGAAAUUUCAUGGCUGAUAUGUUGGAGAAACUUCAUAGAGAUGUAAGCAGAAUUAAAUUUGCUAAACUGCACAAAUUCCAACAAGAGGGAUUAGAGUAUGCCGAUUACAAAGAAAGUUUAGAUAGGUUGUCAGAGUUUAAGGAUAAUUAUGAAGAUAAUUUUGAGCUCUGAAACGACAGAAGCAUUUUUUAUGAAUUAUAUUUUUGUUCAAGUUAUAAAUAGUUUCAGUUUAAUAAAUAAGGUACAAAUAAUGUAAAAGUAAGUUUAUAAUAAAAUAAAGUAAAAUUCAUACAACUUUAUUUAAGAUGAUUUAGAUAAAAUAAAUCAAUCUCAUCCACACAAUCUCAAUUAUACACAUUUACAUCUAAAUACUAUCUAUGGUGAUCACGAUGAUCUUUCUAACGCUCUUUCUUUCAUUCUUGUAAUAAAUGCUGCACCUUUGUUC